UUUUUAUAAAAUGUAAUUUUUUCCCCUUUCAUAUUGUUUAGGUCAUUAUUUGUCAUCUUAUAGUGUGUGAAUUUUGUUUUAUAUCUGUAACCUAUAAAUUGAAUCGUCUGUUUGGUUUGACUAUUCUGAAAUGUGUGCGUAUGCAUUUGCAGCAUUUUGCUGACCUGUUUGCCUUGCAGUUUACUUCCCUGAUGACACAAGAAGGAUAUCGCUUAGUUACUGAUAGAGUAGUCCCUAAUCCAGGCAAUGUAAUUCAUUCCUCAAGCAGUCAACAGCGCACUGUUACCAUUAGCGGUGCCACUCAGAUAGCUAAUAGAACACUAGAGUUGUCUUCCUCGACUUUGACCUAUGGGCUAUGUCCUACCAUGCGCACUGCCCUGACUGGCAACAUGUUAGCAGGACCUGGAGGCAAUCUUUUCCCCACUGUCUCCCACACUGGCAGGGGAGAUUCUGAACAAACGUGCUCAUUUACAUUUUCUGAUGAAGCAAAGAGAGAGACUGCAACAGCAACUAAUGCAGAAAAAGUUAAUGGUGGGGAGAUUGGGUGUCAGUAUGAGUGGCCUGGGUACGAUACAGUUGGGUGGUGGAAGCCAGGGGCUUGGAAAUGUAGGUGCAGUGGCAAAGGCACCAACUUUUUCAGAUGUGGCAUUUGUCUUAAACAACCAGCAGCCACCACAACCACCUACCCAUCAACAACAGAUACUGAAUCAGCAUCAGAUGAGAGGACCUCACCAGAGCUAAGCGCCAGCCAACUUAAUCGAGUAUACCGGUUCCCAUCUAACUAAAGCUGGCCUGCAACAUAUUGGACAGCAGCCUCGACUGAACCAUGGCUCAGCUUCACAACUGACGAACAGAGCGAAUAUGGUGUCUGGCCCUCAUAGCCCGGAGUUGAGUUCACAAUCUCAUGAUCAUGGAUCUGUAAGCGGUCAUAAAGGAACCUCCUCGAGGAAUUUUACUGAUCAAUAAAGAGUAUAUUCAAUA